GUUUCCAACAUGGCGGCCUGAGCCCAAUGUCAACAUGACGUGUAUUAAUGUUUUUGCAAUGCUAGCUUGUUAGUUAAUCGCUUCGGUAUUUGACGCAGCAGGAACCUUUCCAACAAAGAUGUCGGUUGCAUUGGAGGAGGAGGAGCAGGUGCUCACCGUGCACAAGACUGAUAGCGCCACUAUUUUAAUCCUGCUUGGGAUCCUUCUGUUGACCAUCUUAACAAUCUGGCUCUUCAAACAUCGUCGGCUACGCUUCGUGCACGAAUCAGGCCUGUCCAUGAUCUACGGAAUGAUCGUUGGCAUGGUAAUCCGUUACGGGAGUUCAGCAAGUACAGAGACCCCAGAAGUUAUGCUUACAGGAAAUCAGACGUUUUAUGCAUUUCAGCCACCCUCAUCUCUGAUCCUAAACUUGGGCUCGGAAGAAAAUGCAACAGAUAAACCACACUCUCUCAAGUACAACCUCUGGGGAAUGGUCAAUGAAAAUGACCAAAUGGCCCCCAUUGUUAGGGCGGUCACAUUUGAUCCGGAAUUCUUUUUCAACAUUAUGCUGCCUUUCAUUAUCUUUGAAGCAGGAUACAGUAUGAAACGGAGGCAUUUUUUCCGAAACUUUGGAGCCAUUAUUGCAUAUGCCUUCAUAGGAACAACAAUAUCCUGUUGUGUGGUAGGGGGGAUUAUGUACGGAUUGACAAGGCUGAUGGAUAUUACUUUUAGUUUGAAUGAUUGUUUUUUCUUUGGAGCGAUAAUCUCGGCUACGGAUCCAGUGACUGUGCUAGCCAUCUUUAGUGAUCUGAAGGUGGAUGUGGACUUGUUCGCCUUUGUGUUUGGGGAGAGUGUUCUCAACGAUGCGGUGGCUAUUGUCUUGUCAGAAUCUGUGGAGACAUAUGGACAGUAUGCCAGCACCGGUUUUAGUGCCAAUGCUUUUUUCAAAUCCCUAGGGAGCUUUAUGGGAAUAUUUGCUGGAGCGUUUGCCAUUGGUUCUUUUAUAGGUUGUCUCACGGCUGUCAUUACUAAAUUCACGAAGAUCCGGGACUUCCCGUUGUUGGAGACAGCCCUUUUCUUCCUCAUGUCAUACAGUACAUUCCAGGCUGCUGAGGCUGCAGGACUCACAGGAAUUGUAGCGGUCCUGUUCUGUGGAAUCACGCAGGCCCAUUAUACCUUUAACAACUUAUCUGUGGAGUCAAAACAGAGAACAAAACAGUUAUUUGAGCUGACAAACUUCCUGGCAGAAAACUUUGUUUUUCUCUAUGUGGGCGUGUCUAUAUUCACAUUCCACGCCCAGAAGUGGCACGCAGGCUUCAUCCUCUCAACAUUCCUUGCUAUCAUUGUAGCGAGGUUCUGUAAUAUCUAUCCAUUGUCACUAUUGCUCAAUCUUGGCCGUCGGAAAAAAAUCAAAAGUUCCUUCAUGAAUAUGAUGAUGUUUUCCGGUUUACGAGGGGCCAUAGCAUUUGCUCUCUCCAUCCGGAACACUUCGUCUGAAGCUAGGAGACUGAUGGUGUCCUCCACCAUGAUGGUUGUCCUGGUUACCGUCAUUAUCUGUGGCGGGUUUACCACACCUAUGCUGCAGUGGCUGCAAAUAAGGGUCGGAGUUGAAGAGGACCAGGAAACCACCGACGGUUCCAGCAUUAGAACAGCUUCGUCCCGCCAACGUCAGUACAGCUCUAUGGAGAGUCCUGUAGCAGAGACGCCCACCUUCUCAAACGAUCUGGAGGAAUACUUAGAUGAAAGUAGCAUGCCAGAACAGCCAGAAUCCCCCCUACUGGAGGGUGGAUCUACAGUCGAGAUCACUCAGCUCAGAAAACCACGUGACGCCAAAGCCUGGUUAGUGGCUCAGUGGCAUAGCUUUGAUGUCAGAUUUAUGAAGCCAUUUCUGACACACUGUCGCCCCACAUUAAUGGAAACAUCACCAGCCUGUUGUAUGCCAUUGGCACGUCUUCUUACCACAGACGAGCAGCUACAGGGGAGCGACCCGUCCAAGGAUGCAGACUCCGAUAUAGAUAUGAUUAUAGACCACCGGGAACUCUCCAUUGGGGAAGAUUCAAUUAGUACUGUUUCUCAGACACAACCUUACACCAGUACGGAGCCGGUAUCACAGGGCUACAGGGAUGAUAGUGCGUCGGGUGACCUUGGUAUGGGACAGAGGGAGGACCACCUUAACAUAAGGGUCAACUUACCAGGGCCGCAGGGGCACAGAGUCUGACCUUUAAUAUUGCAGAUCAGAAACAUUUAGAGGAAAUAGCCUUCAAAACUGGGGUCACCUGGUGUGUGACCUUUUGAUUCAUGAUUGUGAUAUUGUAAGCUGGUGUCAGUGGUAUGUGUGAUUAUGAUAUGAACUGCUUUAGUGAGGAAAAGAAGAAAAACAUCAAAUUUUGAAGACACACUCAUAAUAUGUGACCAAUAUAGCUUUGAUUGUGACCUAAAAGGCUCAGGUCAGAGUGACCCUUUGACCUUGAUUGUGACCUUGGAAUUUGGGGCCAGUGUGACCCUUUUACCUUUAACAACAUUAGUGAAAAGCUUGGACCACAAUGUGUGUGACAUUUGAACUUUUAAUGUAAGAAUGGAACCUGGGGCCAAAGUGACCCUUUGACCCUGAAUGUGACCUUUGAACCUGGGGCCAGUGUGACCCCUUUGACUUAUGAUUUUGAGAUUGGAUGCUGCGAACAAAAAAAAUGUUUGAACUUUGACCUGUGAAUGUACAUGUAAGAGUGUGCGUUGGGGCCACACUAUAACCCUUUGACUUAAGAUUUUGGUGCUUGGGUCACUGUAUUUGUGACCUUUGACAUUGAAAGCUGAUGCUAUAUUGGUGUGUGUGACCUUUAACCUUUGAUUUUGAACUUGGAAGAUGACUCGGAAGACAAGAUACUGUCAAGUUAAUCAGUGUUGAUAAAAUGUUUGAAUUCUAUAGCUUAUAUGUCAUAACAUGUCCUGACUGUUUGCUUGUGUCAGGAAUCACAAAGCAUUGAUGUCUAAGCAGGGCAGUGCGGAUACUUUCCGUGCAACCCUUGGAUCUUUCAUGUGACCUUUGAACUCCAUGAGGUCACUUUGUAUGAACCACAGCCAAGGAGCAGGUGACCUUUGACCUCCAGUGUGAAUUUCGGUAUGCUGUAAAAAUGAUGUAAUGUAAAUGAUUUGGGGCCAUGGGUCUUAAAUGAUGAUAUUUUACAAUAAUCAAAGAUUAUGAUGUGAAAGCUGUAACAGUGUAUAUAAUUAUAUUUAUGUAUACACAUUUUGUGUGAGCUUAAUAUGCUUAUGAGCAUCAUGAUAUUACCCAUAUAUGUGCGAGCAUUUCUUUCAUAAUGAUGAAAUUUACCUCCUUUUUCACCAUUGUUAUCAGUGAAAUCUGAAGGUUCUUACGGUCUCUUCAAGCUUUUCUCAGAAUAGAAAUAUUUUCAUUUCCUAGAAUCACACUUUACCAUUUGUCUACAUGAAGUCAAAACAAUGGAGUCAAAAAUCAAUGGCCCCUGUUUUGGAAGUCCUUAAUAUCACACAGUUUCACCUGAAGCAGCUUUCCACACUUUUUUCUUCCAUGUACACGUAUAGGUAUUUAUUAGUUGACAUUAAAAGGAUUAGAUUUUAUUAACACAUAAUUAUGUAUAACACUCCUAAAUGAAUUGUUCAAACAAUGAAGUUUUAACAUAUUCGAAUAAGUAUUUUAUAUAAAAUUUAGACUCUUUAAGUUUGCUUUCAUUUUAAAGCUGGAAUUCUAAAAUUUAUGUCUUUCCACUUUCAAAUUAUUGAAAAUAUAUUCAAUUACAUUUUAUUUUUAAACGUUGAUCAUGACAAUUAUUCAACUUAAAUUUGCAAAUUUAAUAAAAAUGAAAAUUAUUAUGAUUUGAAUAACUUCUAUAUAAUCAAAAAGUCUGUAGUAUACAUAUUAGAUACAUGCAUUGUGUUUGUAAAUGUACGUGGAUCCUGAGAUCUGAAUGUUGUGCCAAGUCCCUGAGGCCAAGUAUAAUAAUUAUUCUACAUCCCUAAUGAGGGGUUCAAUGCAUCUCUUUAAAUCCACUACAGUCAGAUUGACAUUUAUAAUUGUAAUAUCGUAUCAACCCAGUAGUAUGUAUAGGCCUGAAGAUUUUUAAUUGUAUUGAUUCAGAAACAAAUAUUGUUUAAAACUGAAAAACUCUGGAAACAAAAUAUAUCAAAAUACGUUAUAACUGGUUUUAACCAGUAAUAAUUUUGCUUUUUAAGUAAAACAAUAUUGUAUGAAAUGUGAAUAGGUAACAUGGCCAAAAUAAUAUUGUAAACCUGAAUUAAUCAUAAAACAUUAAUGAAAGUAAAACUGUUUUGUGAAGUCCACUAACUGUGUAAAAAAAAAAAAAAUUAAAUGGUGAAAAGAAAAUGUACAAAAUGUAUAAUCAUGCCAUUUUCGUAACCAACAUUAACAGACUUUUUUAUGCGAACAUUAAAGUUUGUGUAUUUUAAUUAUUGACAUUUUUCAUACCCAACAUUAACACGGACCAUUUUGAAUUAUUUUCAUUUUUCCCAACCAACAUUAAUAUUAGGGACAAUUUUGAAUUAUUGUCAUUUUUCGUAACCAACACUAACACAGACUAUUUUAAAUUAUUGUCAUUUUUCAUAACUAACAUUAACACGAAUGAUUUUAAGUUAUUGUCAUUUUUGAGAGUUUUGUGUAGUUUCAGACCAUGUUUAUCCAAGGGAGGUAAUAACGACUCAGAUUUUCCUCCGUCAAAUUCUGAAUUUAAUGACAUUGUUCUCAAAAACAAUAUCAGUUCCUUUUGUACAUGUAUCUAACCAAUUUGAAGAUAACAAUAUUAUGUUUGUGUGAAACAAUUUAGAGUUGAUGGGUUUUUUUAUCAAUAAAGUGAUAAAUUAAGUUUUUUGUCAAUUUAUCUACAAUAUUGUGAUAAAUAUUUCUGUGAGUGGCAAAGGAAUGUAUAUGUUUUAAUUUGUUGGCUAAAGGUGUAUUUAUAUGUAGAAUAUUAUAUUUGAUUAUCUAUCUACAGACUAACAUGAGAAAACCUGUGUAGUUACAGCCAUCCUCUCAAAUUCUCAACACAAUGUUAUCAAAAAUAAUAAUUAUAAUGAAAUGUUAAAGUAUUUUUCAGUUGUUACAAUUAUUAUUUUCAUUAUUAUGUUUUCAGAAUUUUAAAAAGCUAAGUAAUACUUAACAGGACAUUCAGAUGGUGUGCCCAUAUUUAUCAUUGAUGACAAGUCUGCUAUUUGUAGAUGAAUUUGUCCAUAUUGGACUAUUUGACAAGCCGUAGGUCUACAAAGCAGAAAAUUUCUCCAUUAAAAACACUGCCAACAAUCUUAAGACCUUAUUAGUCUUAAAAAUCAUUUUAAAUUUGAAUAAAAUUGAAUUGAAAAUGCAAUGUAAAUUCAGGACAUACAUUGUAUACUAGCAGUGUAUUAACAUAGUAAUUAAUGUGUUUGAAAAGUGUGUUGCUUACACUUUUGUCUGCCGAAAACUUUUCAAACUGGAGAUGGGUUUAUACUUUUGUCGGUUGAAAACCUUUCAAACUGGAUGUGUGAAACUCAAAUUUGAGUUGUGUUGUUUAUAAGAAAAAGUUUUUGGAUUAUUUCUUGUUGUAUUCAGAUAUAUAUAUAUACAUAUAUAGCAUAAUACCUUAUGUCUAUCUUAUAUUUGUUUCUUAAUAUGUUGAAUUUGCUUAUAUCUUCAUUAUGUUUAGAAUGGCAUACACUUGGGUGUAUAUUUCUGUUGGAGUUUGACAUAAAUGAAGAUAAAUACAGGUUGAAAGUUAGCAGAUAUAUAGGAAUAAUACCGACUGCCUUGUUUUUGUAUAAUAUUUAUUUUAACAAAUUCUGCAUACUUUUUGAAUACCCAAAGAAAAUAUCUCUUAAAAAAAGCAAUAAUAUUAUUAUAUUUAUAGCUUUUAAAAUUAGGUUUUAAAUAUUCAUCUUUUUUUUCUAAAUUGAAGGUCACAAUGUCAUAUAUUCUGCAUAUACAGUGUUUUGUGUGAUGUCAUCAAAGCAACUGAAAAGAAUGAAAAUGUUAGUAGCGAAUACCUUUAGUUUCCCUAUAGAUGAAUUUGUGUUCUGUAUAGAAAUUCGGAAGGUUAUUUUGUAUUUUGAUUUAAAUGUGAUAUCAUACUGCACAUUCCGUGGCGAGUGUGUAAGAGUUGUUUUUCAGAAGUGAUAAUUCCUCUGUUUAAAUUGAUUGACCUAUCCUUCAUAAACAUUUAAUACACUACCGUCUAGAGAACACAAAACUAAUGCCUAAGUAUGAAAAUCGUAUUGUUAAAUCUUUGGAUUAAGGGGGGGAAGGAGAGUGAAUGUGAUUCAAAUUUGAUAUUGAUAUCUGAAAAUAUGUCCUGCAAAUUUAUAAAUCAAUCAUUUAAUUUGAUAUUAUUUAUGGUGCAAUGUAAAAAAAAAAAGUCAUCUUUUUUAAGGAUACUAGAUGCAUUUAAACUGUAUUUGGCAUAAUUGUCAAAUGAUUGUUUAUUUAUCAAACUAUUUAAAUAAUGCAAUGGAAAAAGUGCUACAACUUGAACUUGUUUAGUGGUGUUGUGGGAAAAUAUUUAAGAUAUGUGAAAAAAUAUUUAAAGAUAUGUGGGGAAAUAUUUAAAGAUAUGUGGGGAAAUAUUUAAAGAUAUCUAAGAUAUUGAGUAUUAAUGUCGACAAAACUUUGUAGGUGCAAAGCUAAGAAGAAACACAACAGAAAUCUUAAUUCAAAAUAGAUAGCAUUACAAUAAAAGUUUGUUUGUAGUUCUUUGGGCUUCAAUGAAUGUAUUGUGAUGCUUUUCUCUCUCAAAGGAAAAUUUGGCCUGAUACAUGUAUAUAUAUAUAUAUAUAGCAUAAAAGAAAAAGUAAUCUGUCCUUGCAAAGGUGAAUGUAUAAAAAAUAGCAAAAAAACAAGACUUUGUCGCUAGGCCUCUCUGCCCUCUCAGGCCUGAAGAAGCCCGAGAGGGCAGAAAGGCCUAGCGACAAAGUCCUGUUUUUUUGUUAUUUUUAUAUAUAUAUAUAUACUUAUUUUUAUGUAUAUAUAUAACUAAACAACAAACUUUCUAGUGCUUUCACAGCUCUUGCUGCUCUUCAGGAAAGGUUGUUUUUUUAUAUAUAUAUCUACAUGUACACAAACUCUUUUCUCGAUAUUUAUAUAUAUAUAUCUUAAAGUUUUGGACCAGAAAAGCUCCAACUAACAUAGAACCAAUAACGGCCCUACCAUACUGGGUUCCAAGAUACCUCUGGAUUCCCCGAUUAGUUAAACUAUGUCAACAUUAUGUGCAGAGGCAAAAAUGUUUGAUAAGCUUAACAUGUUUAAAAUAUUUAAACGUCGAACCACUAAACAUUGAGGAGACUGGGGACAGAUUUCUUUCUGUAUAGAUUUUAAAAAAUCUGAAAUUUCUACAAAGUUUCAUUAGAAUACGUUUUGCAUGUGAUUAAAUGUUUUUCACAUUUGCGCAUACAUAGAGUACAUGUAUAGUUAUAAAAUUACCAUGGUUACUGAAAUAUAGAUAACUCAUUCCUAUGUUUUGUACAAGUUGUAUGUAAGAACAUGGAAAGUGUAAUAUGCUUUUUAUUUGUGUAUGCAUGUGUCUGUGUGUCAGGCUUUUUCACCUCAAUAAUGCCCAUUGUUUUGUUUGUGUCGAAAACAAGGUCUGUCAAAUCUUUUUAAGCUCCCCGUAUAUUCCUAGUCAGGGACAUUUAAAUGACCUUGCUAAGACGAGUUCAAACUUUAUAGACCGUGUAAAGUAAAGUGUUUUGACAUUUUGUCAUCAAGUUUUGUUGAAUAUUCUAUUCCAUAAUCAAUGACCCUAAUUUUUACGCGGUAGCUGACAUUGUCAAAAGAAAAUAUAUAUUAUCAGAAGUUAAUCUAGGAUUUGGGGAAACUACCCAUUAUGAAAUGGGAAAUAAAUGGCUGCAGUGUCUUGAAUUAUUCUUUAAAUUUUAACAUUUUACAGCUUUUCUUUGCUAUAAUGUUUACACAUUUCAUCAAAAUUUGAGAGAUUUCCCCUGUUUUGGAGUAUUUCCCCAGUUUUAUGUGAAUUUUUCUCGAUGGGGAAUUAGUUUUUGUUCAAAGGGGAAAACACCAUCAGUGGAGAAUACUACCUAAUUUCAGUAGUUAAAUCAGUCUAGAUUAACUGAUGAUAAUAUAGCUUAAAACCACAUCAACCUCUUUUCCUUUGCAUUAUUAUCCAGAGAACAAUUUGAGAUUAAACCCUCACUUCAAUACGGGUCAUAAAGACUAUAUAUCAAAAAUUGAAUCUAUGGAAUGUUACCCCGAUGAAACUAAAAAAAAUGACAUCAACGCUUAUAAUUAAUUUUUGAAAAUGAUUUUCUAAUUUAAAACAUGUUUUAUGUACAAUUUUACUGGUUUUAAAUGGGAUUCUUUUUUCAAAGCAAUACGCAACGUCAAUUGUCGUAUUAUGACGUCACAUUUUUCGCGCCAUUCUCGGAAUUUCUUUCAUAGAAGAAUGAAAAGAAUUUUUCGACCUAUCACAUUUGAGUAUUUACCAUGAAAAAAAAAAAAAAUGAUUAUUUGGUUAUGUGGCAGAGAUACCGACAUUUAAACUUACAGAACAUUGGUACCUCAAAUCAUGCUGUUUUGAUUUUGUUUUCAUACUAUCUGAUAUGCCUUCUUCAAAAUACUUGUAAAUACUAAAAAAGCUUUUUGACUCCAUAUUGUUUUACAUUAAGGGGUAAUAAAAACGUUCAAUGUUAAAAGUGCUACUUGAUUUUUGCCUGGUGGUUUAGGGAGCGGGAUAUAGCAAAGCGUAAAAAGUUGUUUCCAUGGAACAUGAACUACAUUGCACAGGAACUUGUCACAAAUUUCCCAACCCAUGUUCCAUAUAUACAUGUAUGUAUUAACAGUAUCUAGUACAUAUAUUGACCAUGGGUUGGAAAUCGAGCCAAAUCCCUGUGUUAUGCAUGUAAUAUAAAUGUGGUUGUAUUUUUUCUGAUACUCUCUGAUGAUAUCAUGAUCUAUAUUGGAUGUCCUCACAGCCUAUACAUGUACGGAAUACUUACAUUAUAUCUCUUUGUUUGUUAUUUUGACUUUCGUUUUUUUAGUCUCAUUACAUGUACUCAGAAAGACUCUACAGAGAAAUUUGGAGACAUUUCCGUCAUAUACGAGAUAUUUUACACUUUUCAACUCACAAGAUUUUUAUGCUGAUAUUGUUUCAUGAAAUUAUACAUCUCAAAACAAACAGUUAUUCAGUUUUGUUCAGAGAACCCCGUGAAUGUAGUUAGAGAAAUGUAUGGGACCGAAACGCACGAUAAAAUCACUUAUUGUCCCGGUAGUGAAAAAAACACUCCAAACUUUCUGUAUGAUUUCUCUAAGUAUGGUUUUAUAAUCACUGAGUUUAAUCAUCAUUUUAUAGUGUGUUUGCCUUCUCUUAGAAUGUUAAGAGGAAUGACAGUGUGGAAGUUUUGUCCUUGGAAGUUUGGUGUGGUUAUGAUAUCUUAAUAAUAUACAUAAAAUACCUAGUUUUCAUUCGCAGACCUUCCAUAUGCAUUAAUUUGGUAUAUGAUGUUCAUUGCAGUAUUUAACUUCCAUAAAGUUGUACUUAUUUUCUCAAUAUGUUAAAAACAAUAGUUUUCAAAAAUGUUUUUUGCAGAUUUUACAUGUAGAGUGUUAUUCGUAUUAUAUUGAAUUUUUCCUGGAAAGAUUUAUAAACAAAUUGAGAAAAUUUAAUGGUCAAUUGCAAAAUGGAAACAGCCAUAAUUUCCUAGUCUUAGGAACGGAAUAUAUUUAGUUUAGCUCCAUUAGAUUAAGUAGAAUUCAAAAUAAGUAACGAUUAACAACAUCGGAUAAUGUUAAGUCGAAGAACUUGACAGUGGUGCUUAGGACCCAAAUUGUGAAAAUCUAGUAUGGAAGUUUCGGACAAAAACUUCAAAUAUGGCACCGAUUCCCUACUUUCGGAAACUGCUCUGUGAAAGUAACAGAGAAGAGAGGUGUUGACACAUUUUCUUAGAACAUUAUCCUUACUUUUGCUUUGCUGAUUUCCCAUAAAUCCAAAAGUUUUGACAGAUUUUGUCUCCAACAUUUUAUUCAAUUGAAAAAAAAUGUGUCACCGCGAUAUACUAACACUAUUAUUCAUUUUCUACAAAUUUUAAUCUUAUUUAAAAAAGUGGUGUUUUUUUGUGUUUUUUUUUUUUUGUAAUUUUGCAUACCGAUUUCUUUGCCGGUAGACGUUGUUCAUUAUGUUCGCGAGUACGUGUAGUAAUAUUGCCUUCAUAUAUGACUUAUAAAUCCUUAUAUACAGCAAACCCGAACUCCGUUACCAUGGCCUAUUGCAUGCGACUCCAGACUAAUACACCAAGGCUGAAUUACCUCCCCUUGAGUAUAAUGAUACCAGGUAUUUCACUCUUUCCUCUCACACAUACUGUAGAACGCGUGUUCACUGGAUUUGUCCUCUAUUUAUACCUGUGUUGAAAUACUGAAUUGCUAAUAAAUGGAUGAACAAAUGAG